GAGAUUUUGGUGCCCUUUUCCUCUACUUUUUGUGUUCUUUGAAAAUUGAUGAGGAAAAUAAACAGUUUCGUAGAUUUGGCUUCACACCUUUCACCAUACAUCAUAUUUGGUCAAAAUUUUCAUUUGCAUAGGAAUAUGCACACUUCUGUUUUAUUGUGGGCGGAUUUCAUAGUAUUCCAUUGUCUUUCAUUUUAAGGGAAUUAAAGUUGGGGCAUUGUUAUGGUGUUAUAGGAAAACGUAAUGCACCAUUCUCGUAUGGGAAUCAUAUCACGAUCUUGCAUCUGUUGUUGAUUAAAGUUCUGAAGGGACAUUACAGUGGCACGAUACUUCAGAGGGUAAUUUUAUAGAAACCCUUAUUUUGAUAGUUCAUGUAGUUAUGUACUUCAGUUUUUGUUGACUUUUGACCUUUGAUGAACUGUUAAAUGCUAUAAUGUUUUAAAAUUUAUUUGAAUACCAUCUGUCCACUAAUCUAUGUGAGGAUACAAUCUGUACUGAGGUUGUUCAGCGAAGUGAAUCUUAGUUUGGUAAUUUGGGCGGAUACAUAUCUCUCUUGUAUUAAAGGCAUAAGGUGUUUGGUGGUGGAGAAAGGGAAAAUGUGUGAAGGGGCUACUGUGUGAUUGUACUUUAUGAGGUAACUUGGUUGGGGGGAGUAUGAUGAAACUUUUGGGAAUUAUAUCAGGGUUGGGGAAGAGCUACUGUGGGGUAGAAUUAGAUUCUGAUCUUCACUUUGGCUUCUGUUUUAUCUGAGGUAGGAGAUGUUCUGAUUUCUUAAAUAGUUGUAGAUUGGAAAUCAGCUGUAAGUAGUACUGUAGUACUCUAUGUUUUAGGACAGGUUUUGUUGUUUACGUUACAGUAUCUUUGGUGGACUACUCGUCUUGUAUAAGCACUUAAUUGUAGUCAUACUAGUAUUGGAAACAGAAAUACAAAUUAGAAAGAAAACUUGAUUUGGUCUUGUUGAAUUUUCUGAGUGAUGAUUUUUUGAUAUGUGUUCUGUAUCGAACUGCCAUUUCAACUUGUCCUCUUUACACCUUUAUCACAGUCUGCAAAUGUUUGGAUGUUUGAGAGUCUUGACACUUUUUUUCACAAGAUCUCCCAUUUGACACUUUCUAUAUAUCUGAGUUUCUUAUAGGCUUAUCAAAUUUGUGCUUCUUCGUGUUCUUACCUUUUCCCCAGAAGUUCAUUACAAUAAGAAGAUAUUUUAUCAAAAGCUAGAAGUUCCAUUACAAUAAGAAGAUAACCUACGUCAUCAAAGCUAUCAAGGUCUCAUGGAUAUGCAACUCCUCCAUUUUAUCCUGGGUGCAUUCCAUUUUCUUUCCUUUGAAGGGGAUUAAAGUUGGAGCAUUGUUAUGGUGUUCUAUUUUCAUAUGAUAAUCAUAUCAUUAUCUUGCAUCUGUUCUAGAUAGUAUGGGAUACCAGAGGUGGUCAUUUAACAUAACCUGAAGUUCUGAAGGGACAUUACAGUGGUAUGAUACUUCAGAGGCAGUUUUGUGAUGAACUACUUUUGACCUUUGAUGAAAGACAUAUGCUAGAAUGACUAAAAAAAAACCAUUUGUUUUAAAACUGAUUUGAAUACCAUCCGUUGACUAAUCUUUGCAGAUAUACAAUUGCUAUGUUGAGGUUGUUCGGCAAUGUGAAUCUGAGUUGGGUAAUUUGGGCUGGACACUUUUCUCUCUCGUAUGAAAGGUGGCAUGAGGUUAUUGGUGGAGGAGAAAGGGAAAAUCUGUGAAGGGGCUACUGUGUGAUAUUGCUUUAUGGGGUAGUUUAGUUGGAGGGAUUAUAAAGGAAGUCAAGGAACUCUGUGAAUUAUAUCCGGGCUUGGGUGGAGCCUCUGUGGUGUGGAGUUAGAAUUUGAUCUUCACUUUGGCUUCUGUUUAAUGCAAGUAGGGAAUGUUCCGAUUUCUUAAAUAGUUGUAGAUUGGAAAUUAGCAGUCAGUACUGUAGUAGUCUAUGUCUUCACAUGUGUUUGUUGUUCAUGUUUUAGUGUCUUUGGUGGACUACUUGUCUCAUGAAUGCACUUAAUCGUGGUCAUACUAGUGUUUGAAAAUAAGAGAUACAAACUAGAAAGCAAAACUAAUUUGGUCUUCUUGUGUUUUUCUCAGUGAUGAAGCUAUAUGUUAUGCGUAAACUAUUUAUGUUGGAAUUUUCGAUAUGUGCUGUGUCCUAAACUCCCAUUGCAAUCUGCCCUCUUUACAUCUUCAUCAAGGCUUAUCAAAAUUUGUGAUUUGACCCUCCAGAAGUCAAUUACAAUAAGAAGAUAUUUUAUCAAUGGUGCUUUAGAAGUUCAGUACAAUAAGAAGAUAACCUGAUGAGACUGAAUGUAACGUCAUCAAAGCUAUGGAGGUCUCAUGCUGUUUCCUGUGACCCGUGUCAUGGAGGUAGAGGCAGGAUAUCAUCCUGAUACUCCCUUUAGUAAGCUUGGAUGGGGAAAGUCUGGUUGCAAAGUGGCAGGAACAGACUAUGAUAAAGCACAAGUGGGAAACAAGUUGAAUGCCCUUGAAGCCAAAUGGAAACCUCGGAAAGAACUAACUGGGAAGGAAACUGAUCAAGGUGGAAUCACUACAAGAAUAUUUUUGAUGUCUGAGUAAUGGUGGCAUGGUAAAAUCAAGAAAGGUUCUGAUUAUGCAAAAUUUCGUAAAAUGGGCAUUCAUCCUGAGAUUGAGGAGAAGCCAGACAGGAUUUUCAUGAUUCUUGAACACUGGCUAGUGGUGAACAUGCUUGUGCACCCUCAUCUUGUGUACUGCCAUCUGAGAUUUUGAAGGUAUCAAAAGAAGGAUACUGUUCCACUUGAAAGUGCUGGUGAUUCGGAUGAGUCCAACCAAAUCAAAACCACUCAAGCUAUGGGGUGGUAUUCUUGGAGUGAUGAAGGCAGUUCAAUUUUUGCCUGGGGCUCAGAUAGCCACCAAAUGGGCAAACCAAUCCUGGUUUGAUUUACUACCCUCUUUCAGGAGCAAAACUACCAAAUCAAAAACCAAUCAAACUUUCGGAAAUAAAACCAUAUUAAGGAAGCAGCAUGUCAAUGGAAUCGUAUUCUGGUUUCUGAUCAGAGCUGGCGUGUAUGUGAUCGUUGUUGUUCCCACUCACAUGUUCAGUAAGGUUGUUAAUUUUAUUUGAUAUACCAUAUGUCUUUUGCAGAAUCAAAUUUUUUUUUUUUUUUUAACCUCAGUUUACCUGGCAAGAAACAAUGAAAGAUCUUGUACGUUUUCAUUGUGGCUCAAAAUAUUCAGUGAUUAUAUUCUUUAAAAGAGCCAUUUUCUUUUGAUAAAUGCUUUAAAAGAGUCAUGCAUCUUGGGUUAUCAGGUUAUAUACCAAUGUUGUCCAUGGCUUCGAUCUCAUCACCUUCUUUUGAAUUGGAUAUAUCCUUUGAUAGCUGAAUAUAUAAAAAUUGAUACAGUACAUAUGAGUCAGGCUCUAAUCAUUUUACACCUCUGAGCUCUAACCUAGGAUGAAUGUACAACUUAGAAAAUUUCAACUAAACCAUCCCCAGCCCUGCUCAGAAUGCUGAAACAAAAUCUUAUUCUUAAACUGAACAAUCUUAAGGCUUGCAACGCCAAAACCAGGCUCUAUCAUCCUAGUCUUUCCUCAUUAGAAAUCAUGGAGGUUCCUAAUUGAGGUACGUGGAUUUACUUUACCAUCACAACUGAUACUGGCUGGUAUGAUUAGAACUGUGAACUUUGAUUACUAGUAUUCUAGUGUGUUCAGCAAAAGGAAAAAAAAAACCAUUGAAAUUCUUUUUUUUUUAGUGACAGAAUAAAAUUCUAACAGUUCACAAAGUAGGUAAUCACAGAGUGGACUUUCCAGAUACUAAAGAGUGCAGUCGCAAUUUUUUUAAUAGGCAAGUAUCAUAUAAUACGCUGAUGAUUCACACACACACACACACACACACACACACACAUAUAUAUAUAAUAUAUAUAUUUAAGCACCCACAUGUCUAAUAAAUUAAUGCAAAGCACUAAUUUUCCAUUUUCCAUCAGCAAUUCUGUGACUAAAUUCUUAUUGAAAUGCUACAAUAUGUUAUGAUUGAAUGUUGAUCCAUUGUUCCAUUCCAGGCCAAUAGACUCUUAUUUCAGAUAUGAUUCUGUGAUUAAUAGGCAGAUAUAGACAAUAGAAGCCAAUAUGGCCUCAGCUGCAACAGAGUUCUUGAUUGGCAAAAUUGAGGAAGUUCUUGAGAAGGAAGCAUCCUCCAUCGCAGGUGUUCGUGAUCAAGUGGAUGAGAUUAAGCAGGAGCUGAUAAGCAUGAAAUCCUUCCUAGAGGAUGCUGAGGGAAAGAAAAUAGACACGGAAGGAGAGAAGGAAUGGGUAGCAAGCAUUAGAAACUCUGUCUAUGAUGUUGAAGAUAUUAUUGAUGAAUUCAUGUACCGCAUGCAUGAGCAGCGAAAUGGAGGUCGACUUGCAAGGUUGCUAUGCAAAACCAUUAUUAUUCCAAAGAAUUGGUACAGGGGUCGGUUUGCAAGGUGGCUUCGCAAAACCAUUCACAUUCCAACCAGAUUUCAAUGCAGGGGUCGUUUUGUAAGGUGGCUUCGCAAAUGCAUUCAAAUUCCAGAGUAUCUUUGGUACAGGCGUCAAAUUGCCAAAAAGUUGCAGAAAAUCACAAAAACCAUCAAAGAGAUUCCAGAGAGAAAAAAGAGAUAUGGUGUUAGUCGUGUAGGGGGAACAGGUUCCAAUGAUAUUCGCAAUCGGGUGCAGAACCAAGCAGAGUCAUCUCUUUUCAUUACAGAAGAUGAACUUGUAGGAUUUGAAGACAAGAAGAAACUGUUAAUAGGAUGGCUGAUGAAUGAGGUAAAACAUCAAAUUGUUGUUUCUGUGGUCGGGAUGGGAGGAUCAGGAAAGACAACUCUAGUUGCCAAGAUCUUCACCGAUGAUACUGUAAAGAAGCAUUUUGAGUGUUAUGCAUGGAUUACCGUUUCACAAACUUAUGUGAUUGAAGAUUUGUUUCGAAGCUUGAUCAAGGAAUUUCACCAGUCAAGGAAGGAAAUAGUCCCCGGAAGUUUGAAUUCCAUGAGCUACAAGGAAUUGCUAGAGAUACUGGUGAACUACUUGGAGUUCAAAAGAUAUGUAGUUGUUUUGGAUGAUGUGUGGAAUAUCCAACUUUUGAGAGAAAUAAGGGUAUCACUUCAAGAUAGACAACUUGGAAGUCGAAUCCUGCUAACAACUCGAAAUGAUGACAUAGCAUUCCAUUCGUAUGGAGUUGAAAGCCUUGUUCAUCGCAUUCAACCCUUGGAGAACAAUGACGCCUGGGAGCUCUUCAGCCGGAAAGCAUUUUUAACUUACCAUAAUAAGUGUUGUCCAACAGAGCUUGAAACAUUAGCUUGUGAACUAGUGGCAAAGUGUAAAGGCCUACCUUUGGCUAUUGUGACUCUAGGUGGUCUUAUGUCUUCAAAGAAAUCAUCUGCUGAGUGGAGAGAAGUGCGCAACAACUUAAAUUGGCAUCUUACAAACGAUCACUUUCUUGAACCGGUGAAGAGCAUCUUGUUGCUUAGUUACAAUGAUUUACCAUACCGUUUGAAGCAUUGUUUCUUAUAUUGUUCCCUUUUCCCAGAAGAUCAUUUGAUCGGAAGAUACAGGCUUGUUAGAUUGUGGAUAGCUGAAGGGUUUAUUGAACAUGUCAAUGGGGUCACACUAGAAGACCUUGCAGAGAGGUAUCUUAUAGAGCUAACUUUUCGCAGCAUGUUGCAAUUUGUGAAGAAGGAUUCUCAAUCUAGAAUCCCAGAACAGUGUCUGAUGCAUGAUCUGAUGCGGGAGAUUGCUCUCUCAACUUCAGAAAGAGAAAAGUUCGGCGUUGUAUUUGAUAGGAGAAGAGUAAUGGAAGAAACUAGAGUUCGCCGUUUGGCAAUUCAUACAACUGAAGGAGAAAUUGAAUUGUGCACAGGUAUGUGGCGAGAUUUUUGCUUCAUCAAAUGGUCGCUACCGCCUAGUGGCAGGGUAAGACUAAGUGUCGUUGGAUCUAUUCUUCAGCGGCAACAUAGUAGAAAAGCUGUGCUUAUGGUAAUUAUGCUACGUUGUAAUUAGGUUACAUAUCAAAUUAUCUUUUAGUUAUGUCACCGCUAUGUCAAAGCAAAUUGAAUAGCCGAUAGAGCACUCUUUGCUAGUUGGUGCUUAGUAGAAUACAUGUGUUAUGUAGAGAUUCAUGAUACUAUUUCGGGAAAUACUUUAGAUGCUUAUUUUAAUAAGUGGUUUAGGCUCAAUGUCUUCCCUUGUAUUCGGCAGUUUCAUUAAUCAAGGCUUGAGGGCAACCGCACCAGCCCUUUAUUUAAAAAAAAAAAAAAAAAAAAAGGACCCAAAGUCCUGCAUGUGAUAGACUUCUAUUUCAACUGCAUCACUAAUCAAAUUUUGAUUUCUACUAUGUUUUCUACAGAAUCCAAGGGAGAUUAAUUCAUGAAACUGUUGUAAAUAUUAUUAAUUUAUUAUCUAUGUGGAUGUCCAUGUAAAUACUCAUUAGUUAUGUAUUUUGAUGUAAACCCUACCUCUAUAUAAAGGAGGCUAAUGCGACUGAAUGAGAAAACUUCUACUUCCUCCCAACUAUUAUGUCUAUCUUCUCUCUACUUUAUAACACCUUAUCAACACGCUUUGCUCUAUAUUUUAUUUUUUCUUCUUUUUCUAAUAACUCCAUGAUGAUCUACGAGUUCAAUGGUGCAACUUUGUUGCUUUGACCAAUACUCUUGAUCUAUGAGUGGACUCAUAUUUCUGUACUUGUAAUUUGAUUAUACACCUGCACACACAACAUGUAUGCAAUUUCAAUUCUUGCAUACGAGGAUCUUUGAUACACUAAUUAAUCUGCUCUUAUUAUGUUUUCUGCGAAUUACUUUAUUUCAUGGGUGUUGGAGACAUCAUUGAGUAUGAAAGUAUGUGCAAAUUUGUGUAUGAUGUUCCUUACUUCCAAGUGUAGAAGGUCAAGUUUUAGUAAGGGAAAAAGUAAGAGUAUCGUACCCAAGGGAUUGAGUAACUCUACCCUAAGCUAGAUUACCGCGAAAAUAAACCUAGAAAGAACAUGCAAAGUCUACCUUUUUACAAGUUCAAUAGUUUUGGCCAUUUGGAAGCCUAACUACCAAAAGUGAUAUUAACAAUGGAUAGUAGUGAAUAGGCUUUUGAAUUAAUUUUAACUAUAUUAAAAUUAAAGUGCAAAUAAAGCAAAAUAAACUAACAAAGUGUAGAGGUUUGAUCAAAUGAGAUAAAAGGGGUUGUAAGGCAUCACACCUAACCUCCUUUGUGCAAAUUCUAAGUAACCAAAUCUAACAUGUUCAUGCCAAGAUGGAAUCCCCCUCGGUUCUCUUGAUUAUCGAGUAACCAAGAAACAAUUAUACUAGAGAAUGUAUUGAAGCUACCCCUUGAUUAUCAGACAUAACUCUCCUACAAUCCUUUUAGUUUCUACCCAUUCCUUGAUUAUCGGACACAAGUAGACCUAUGUAGAUGCAAGCUAAGAUCCCUUGAUUAUCGGACACCUAAGCCACAUCCACAUGAUAAGCUCAAUUGUAAGGACCCAAGCAACCUUAUUUGAUUAUCACAAGAUUACCAUUUCUACAUUUGCAACAUGCUUUAGUUUACUAAGUUUGUCAAGCCUAGCAUACUUGCAUGAAAUUAUCAACAUUUACCAACCUUAGUUGACAAAUCUAAGAAGCAUAAAUGAUGAACAAUUAAACUAGCAAAGUAAAAAUUUAUGGCAUGAUCCAUAUUAAACUUAACUACAUAGUUUGUACACAACUUUGGCUAGGGCUAAACCCUAGCCCCAAAUUUAUUCUACUCACAACUCAUAGUUCCAUAAAUUAAAGCCAUAAACUUGUAAAGCAUCAAGUCAAGAGAGAAAAUAGUAGAUAAAGGAAGGAAUACCCACGAGUUUGGUUCCAAAAAGAACCAAACUGUACCUCUAAGAACACUUUCUACCCUCCAAGAUGCAAAAUAAGGUGAGAAAUUUUUCCUACCAUGGUAUUUUUGGUUUCUAAUAAGAGAAAGGAACCAAAAACACCAUGCAACUCCAUGAAGUCCCUUAGAAGUGUGAUAAGCAAGACUCGAAUAUAUGAAACUAGAGUUGUGAUUGAUCAAAAGUGUAUAGAUACUUCGGUUUUGGUAAGGAAAAACCAAGAACCCAAGAAGCUAUACACCUAUCUCUACACAAAACUAAGAAACUAUGAACUAAAACUAUGAAACUAAGAGAAAUGUGUG